AUGUCUGUCGCUGAGCAAAAGGCACAUUACCAGCUUGGAGUUAUUUUAUAAGAAAUUCACUUAGGAGGGCUUCAGAUUCAACCAUAUCAGCCUUGUAUUCAAUUUAAUAAUCACCACAUUUAUAGUCAGCUAAUCUCAUAGACAGAGUUCCACUACUUAAUAGAUCGCUAGAUAAUUGAUUUGAGUCUGAAUAAAAUAUCUGCUCUAGAGGAGAAUUAGAUUGCUGAUUAAUAGAUUGUUGAAUGCACAACACUUUAAAGGUUGCCAAAUUUAAAGCUAUUUACUAUUUUUGGCAAUAAAUUAGGGGAGGAGCAAGAGUCAGAAUAUAGAGUGAGCUAAGAUUUAGCAAAGGCACAUUUAUAGAAUAUGCUUGCCGUUAUGAAGUAGACUUCCUCCAAACUUGAAAAGAUUUUGAUUGAAGGAAACCCUCUUACUACAUAUAUAGACAAGAAAGAUGUUAUUAGAAUUGCUGUUGAAAUAAUUGGUGACUCCCUAUAAGUAGUUGAUAAUUAGAGUGUUUAGUGA